CACUCAAUCUUCACAAUAAAAGAAUCAUACAAAAAAAACGCAGUUUCACUCAAAAUCAUCUCCUUCUUCCUCCAAAAACCCUAAUUUCCGAAAUUCUUCAAUCUCUCUCCUCCAAUGGCGAGCGGUGGGCCCAACUUAGAGUGCAGAAUGUACGAAUCAAGGUAUCCAGAAGUAGACAUGGCGGUGAUGAUUCAAGUGAAAAACAUCGCAGAUAUGGGAGCUUAUGUAUCUCUUUUAGAGUACAAUAACAUCGAAGGAAUGAUCCUUUUUUCUGAACUUUCUCGUCGUCGAAUUCGGAGUGUUAAUAGUCUUAUUCGUGUUGGUCGGACUGAACCUGUUAUGGUUCUUAGGGUUGAUAAAGAGAAAGGUUACAUCGAUCUUAGUAAACGUAGGGUUUCUGAAGAAGAUAUUGCUCAGUGUGAAGAACGUUAUAAUAAGAGUAAGCUUGUUCACUCUAUUAUGCGUCAUGUUGCUGAGACUAUGAAUAUGGACUUGGAGGAUUUAUAUGUGCAUAUCGGAUGGCCUCUGUAUCGAAAGUAUGGACAUGCUUUUGAGGCUUUCAAGAAUGUAGUGAAUGACCCUGACACGAUUUUGGAUGCGCUUACCUAUGAAGUCAAAGAAACUGGUUCUGAUGGUCAGGAGGUAACAAAGGUGGUCCAUGCUGUUACCCCAGAGAUCAAGGAUGCUCUGGUUAAGAAUAUUAAACGAAGAAUGACUCCUCAGCCUUUAAAAAUUCGUGCUGAUAUUGAAAUGAAAUGUUUCCAGUUUGAUGGAGUGCUUCAUAUAAAAGAAGCCAUGCGUAAAGCGGAAGCUGCUGGAACGGAUGAGUGCCCUGUGAAAAUUAAACUAGUUGCACCCCCACUUUAUGUUCUAACCACUCAGACUCUUGAUAAGGAACAAGGUAUUUCAACGCUUAGCAAGGCAAUUGUAGCUUGUACUGAAGAAAUUGAACGUCACAAAGGAAAACUGGUGGUGAAGGAUGCACCAAGAACUGUGAGUGAAAGGGAUGAUAAAUUACUCCAAGAUGUCAUGGAUAAAUUGCGUAUGAAUAAUGAAGAGAAGAGUGGCGACGAGGAUAGUGAAGAGGAAGAAGAUACUGGAAUGGGUGAUGUUGAUGUUGAAAAUGCAGGGUUUCACGACUAGUUUGAAUCUAGGAGAAAAUUUGACAGGAGAGUGGAAGAUGAUAGCAGAGUGUCUCUCUUUUUGUUACCUUGCCGAUGAAUUUUCGUACAUUUUAUUGUUCGUACGGUCGAGACUUGUACAUGGCCGGAACGGCUUUUUUCCCACAACUAGUAGCUUUGAAGUCUCUGAGCGUCUUGAUUAUUAUGCUACAAAAUUAGUCAAAGACUACUAUAUAAGAGCUUUUCACAUAGUUUUGGUAUAUGGCGCAUUUUGUCGGUCUAUGAUAAUCAUUUCAAGUAAUUUUUGUAGGUCUAUGAUAAUGAUCUCAAGUUAUUAAUUAUGGCAUUGCAGGGUCAUAUUAUUUCAA